UGUGCGUUCUCGUUCUGCCGCAUCAGAAUCCUCCACUCGACUCGACUCGACUCCUCUCGGCCUGCCACUGCCAUUCGCUUCUCUCCCGCGACGCCCUUCACUGCCGCGGCGGCCGGAACAGCAGCAGGAGCACACGCCGCCGGAUCACGGGAACGCACAGCUCCCCCGGUCCCGUCGGUUUCGGGACCGGCGGCUGAGCCUAUGGCGAGGACACAGGAUUCAUGGUCGAAGAUUCCCACGGAGCUCGCAGGCCUCGUUCUCCAGCGCCUUCACGCUCACGUCGACCGCGUCCGCUUCGCAGCCGUGUGCCCCCAGUGGCGCUCCGCUGCUCGGCAGGUCCGGCUGCCCCCUCCACUGCCGCUGCUCGCUCUCAAGGAUGGGGACAUCUUCUACAGCAUGCCCCGGGGUGAGCCGCUCCACUUUGCUGACUGCAAAACCAAAGCAGGCUUCAUGUCCACAGCUUAUGGUAACUGGCUGGUGUACCGGCGUUAUUGCGAUUUGCUCUUGGUGGAUCCCUUCUCUGGUGCCACCAUGACCCUUCCUGCACCAUCUAGUGUUCAUCUCGCAGACGAAGACGGGGGUGAUGAUUCCAUGGACGGUCAUGAUUCUGUAGACGAGGGUGAGGAUUCUGAGGACAGCCAUGAUUCUGCAGACGAGGGUGAUGAUUCUGAGGAUGGCUCUGCACCAUCUAGGGUUCAUCUCCCUGAUGAAAACAAGGGUGACGAUUCCAUGGCCGGUCAUGAUUCUGCAGACGAGAGUGAGGAUUCUGAGGACAGCCAUGAUUCUGCAGAUGAGGGUGAGGAUUCUGAGGAUGGCUCUGCACCAUCUAGGGUUCAUCUCCAUGACGAAAACAAGGGUGAUGAUUCCAUGGCCGGUCAUGAUUCUGCAGACGAGUGUGAGGAUUCUGAGGGCGGCCAUGAUUCUGCAGAUGAGGGUGAUGAUUCUGAGGAUGGUUCUGUACCGUCCAGCGUUCAUCUUCCCAACAAAAACAAAGGUGAUGAUUCCAGGGCCAGUCAUGAUUCCACGGACGAGGGUGAGGAUUCUGAGGACAGCCAUGAUUCUGCAGACGAGGGUGAUGAUUCUGAGGAUGGUCAUGGUUCCACAGACAAGGGUGAGGAUUCUGAGGGCAGCCAUGAUUCUGCAGAUGAGGCCGAUGAUUCUGAGGAUGGUUCUGUUUCCACCGACGGAUCAGAGAUGCUCUCAAUGGACGUGAAACACUUUGAAGUGAUCAAACUAAUAGUGUGCUCUCCCAACCUCAUCGCUGCACUGUUUAAAGGUAGCGAAAACAAUCGGAUUGCAGUGUGCCGGCCAGGAGGCUCCAAGUGGUCAGUAGCAUGGGACCUGUCUUUGUGGAUUACAGACAUGGCUUUCUACCAAGGGAAGCUCUACGUUGUUGACUAUCAGGAGGACCUCUUGGCUCUGGACAUCAGCGUGGAUAACAAGACGGGUGAUCCACGGGUUUCUCGUAUUGGAAGGGUGAUCCACGGGUUUCUCGUAUUUGAUAAUGAGCUGACUUUGUUGAGGAUGCUCUACCUGGUUGAGUCGUGUGGCUCAUUGUUGCUGGUGCGUAGAAGGAUUUUCCACAAGCAUGUUCAUGGCAACGGACAGAUACACACUUUUGCUGGACAGUGUGAGCCUGAUGUUUCGAUAUUCGAGGCAGACUUUGGGCGAUCACAGUGGCGCAGGCUGACGACCCUUCCUGACGAUGAGGCACUGUUUCUAGGGCCAUGCUCCAGGGCUGUUUGCAUGCCUCAGGUUGACUCACCGGGCAAUCGCGUGUGGUUCUUGGAUGACUACAAGGACUUUCACCUUUGGAAUGAGUGGCCUAGCAGCUUGAGUUCUGGCACCAGCAGCGUGGCAAACCCCAAGCCUUUCUCGCCCCUUCCAACGAUCUCGUGGAGGGGCUUCCUGGCAAAUUCAGGUGCUGCAUGGAUCUUCCCUGCAAACUGAUGCUAUUGGUUGGACCGUUGUUACAAUCAAAGCUGUUAAACACACCAUGUGUUUCUCUAACCGUAGCACGGUGGCCUUCUGGCAUUCACAAUGCUGACUUACUUUUGGAUGAUUAUGUUGUGCUUAGCUUUAUGGACUUGUGAUGAACCUUGAGGUAGCAUUCUGUUAUUUGCUAGUAACCUAUUCUGUUACGCAUUUAGGUGGGGAAGUCGCAAUGGUGCUGUUUAAUCCCUGAAUGAUGUGUUAUCUAUUGUCAAUCUUUUGUCGUGGAGUAA